AUGCUCACGAGACGCCUCACAUCCUCCACAUCCUCCACGUCCUCCACGUACUCCGUGGCGCUACUCCGAUCACUAUCCAGCUCCACACUGAUCCGAUCCUGGUUUGGCGACCUUUUUGGCUCCAAGAGCUCCAAAAUCACCAGUCAGCAAAAACGGUCCGAGAUCAUUGAGAAUCAAGACGAGUAUAUCGAGAAGGACCUUACUCGAAUCACACAUUUGACGAGGGAGAACUCACCGCAGUACUUGGAGAAGCAACAGAAACAGCGCAACGCUUUGAAAGGGGUGAGUAAAGUGCGUGAUUGGAAAAAUGUCAAGUUUUUGCGUGGGCUGGAUUUGCUGGUGUAUUAUGAUGAUAAGUUGAAGUUGCAAGACGUUGUGAAUAAAAGCUAUGAGGAGGUUACGGGUACAUCUAUCAAUUCCAAUAAUUAUGAGCAGAUCGAAUUGCAUGAUUUGAAGUUGAGGUUUGAGGUUGUCAAGCAACUACAAUCGAAUUUGGGAUUCGAACUCAAUGAUCACGUCAUUAGUAGCAGCCACGAUUUGCAGUCGUUAUACCAUGAGAUUGAGAAAGUGGUGAACAAGAGAUGGAGCAAUGAAAGGAACCCCAAUGCAAUUGUGUUGAAAGCUGGUGAUUUCACUGCCAAGAAUGUCUACCUUAAUGAAUCAAGAGAUGAGUAUGAAAAGCAACGUGAGUUUACAAAGUUGUUGAGAGAGGUUGAGAGGUUGGAGCAACAACAGGAAAAACAACAAUCACAACAACCACAACAAUUGGAACAAAAGGUAUGA